AUGAAAGACAUGAAUUCUACAAUCGCUAGCAAUAUUUCUGAGAUAGCAAAAUUAGCAAGAAAGUUUAAUUGUUUUUAUUUAGCGGGUCUACAUCAAGGUACUUGUAAACCAUUCUUAGUGGGUGGUCAUCAAGUUGGAUUGAUUCGUCCUGAUAUAUUAAAACAUUUGGAGAGAUUUCCUGAGGUUUUUCGAGUUACUGGGAAGUAUGUAGAAUUAAACCCGGCGUUUAGGGAUUAUAAAGAACGAUCGUCAAGGAUUGCGGCGGUGUUACAAUCUUUAAAGAAGGAAGGUGAAAUAUGUGCCCUUAAGGGUUGGAGAGAUGAGUGUUUUGAAGUGAGCACUCCAUUCUACCACGAAAGUCUUAUGGAGAUGGACAGAAGCGCCAUAUGUCUUUUUGGCAUUAGGAAUUAUGGUGUUAGCAUAAAUGGAUACCUUUUCCACCCCAUAAAAGGAUUAUGUAUUUGGCUUCAACAGCGAAGUUUUACCAAACAAACUUGGCCAGGCAAAUGGGACUGCUUUGUGAGUGGUGGAUUAGCAGUUGGUUAUGGUAUAAUGGAGACUGCUAUCAAGGAAGUAGCUGAAGAAGCUUCGGUAAUUGGUGAUUUAGCAAAAAAACUAGUUCCAGCUGGUUGUGUCAGCUUUUACUUUGAGAGUGAGAGAGGUUUGUUUCCAAAUACAGAGUAUGUAUAUGACCUGGAACUUCCGCAAGACUUUAAGCCUGAAAAUGCUGAUGGGGAAGUUGAAACCUUUGAAUUGUUGACAGCUGAAGAGUGUGUACAAAGGGCUUUAACAACUCAGUUUAAAACCACUAGUGCACCUGUGUUGUUGGACUUUCUCAUUAGACGGGGAUUUAUCAACCCUGAAAAUGAACCUAAUUAUCGGCAUAUCAUCGAGUUACUCCACGUCCCCUUGCAAACAAUCUACAAGUGGCCUCAAACGGACAUUGUGACCAAUGGAGAUGGAGAAAAUCUACAACAUUAA